AUGGCAGGGUUGGACCAAACCUCCCAAGAUCUAUUUGAAAGACACACAAAUCCACAAUGUCAGAUGCUGCCAUUUAUCUGUUAUGAACAAGGUUUCAACAAAUGCUCAGAUUUCAAGUUCAACGUAAAUGGUGGUCCUACUUUGUUGAGGUGGGCAGGAAUAUCUGCUUUUGCAGUGGCAUCUUCUCAGCACUUGCUACAACGCAAGUCCUCAUUCUCGUAUACGUACCCUUGCUCAUUAACAUAUCAAGAUUUUAGGUUCACCGGCUUAUAUUAUGUUGCGCUUUAUGUCAAUCCAUGGGAACCUUCGGCCUUACCUCAUUCUCUUGUUGGUUGGUCCACAGUCUUUUCUUUGAAUGGAGUGGUUUCCUCAUUCGCAAUUUGGCAUGCAUAUGUGGGUAUGAAGGACUUUUUUUACGUGGUUGAAUGGCCGUUCAUGAGUACCAUGCCCCACUCGAAGAAACAUGCUAAUUCAUCUAGUGUAGAAAAUUCAACCAAAAAGUCCCACUUUCAAAGGAUUGUGGUGGGGAGUUGA